AACUAAUUUAAAUGUUACUUUAAGCGGUUUAAAGCAUGUUAGUGUACGGCAUCGUAUCGAGAUUAAGAAGACGCCAGGCAUAAUUAAUACAUUUUUGACAAUGUAAACGCUCGCUGGAAAGUAGACUCCUAUUGUAUCAGGUGUAAACAAAGGGUGAAAUGAAAAAGUCCCCACAGCACAGAGCAAGUUGAAAUGUGAGGUUUGAUCCGGAGGCAGACCCCAUACAGCCAGACCACUCCUUGCUGUCAAGACGCGCUUCCGUGUUUACACUCGCUCAAAAAAAGAAAAAAAAACACUGGCGGCGGUGGGGCGAAUGUUUACCGAGCAAGCAUCGAGUGGUGGUGGUGAGGGAAGUGACAGUCACACUGGAGCCUUGGCGUAUGGUAAAAAACACAGGUGAUCGGCGUCCACGGUUACAUUAUACAGCGUAAUGUUCACACGAAGGGGUCAUGGAGACGUCAAGAAAUCUACACAGAAAGUUUUGGACCCAAAGAAGGAUGUUGUGACUCGGCUGAAGCACCUGCGCUCGCUGUUAGAUAUCAUUGACAAGAGUGAGCUGAAGCCCUUCUUCGAGAGCAACUGUUCACAGAUUUAUUUUAUCCUGUAUGAAAAUUUCACUACACUGGAAAGCAACUUAAAACAAAAAGGGAUCAAAUCUCAACGGGAGGAGCUGGACUCCGUCCUCUUUAUUUUUGAAAAAAUUCUGCAACUUCUGCCGGAGAAAAUCUACAACCGGUGGCAAUUUCACAGUAUCGGUUCUAUUCUGAAAAAGCUUCUACACACUGGAAAUUCAUUCAAGAUCCGAUGCGAGGGGAUCCGUCUCUUCCUGCUAUGGCUGCAGGCGCUGAGAGACAACUGUGCUGAGGAGCAGUUUCUUAUAUUUGCCUGUCUAGUGCCAGGUUUCCCUGCAGUGCCCUCAUCCAGAGGGCCUUGCACCCUUGACACCAUCAUAUACAACCCCUUCUCUAACCCUCCCGAUGCCAAGGUGGUGCCUGAAGAGAUCACCCCACUUGUUCCUGCUGUGGUCGGUGAAAGGGUAGCAGAUGACCAGACUUGUUACAUCCUUGAAACCCUGCUCAAGUUCAUGGUUAUCCAGGCAUCCAGUUUAGAGUGGAAGAACAAAGAGAACCAGGAGACAGGCUUCAGGUUUCUCUUCAGCCUAUUCAAGAAGUACUACCUUCCACAUCUAUUCCCCUCAUUUACCAAGCUCACAAAUCUCUACAAGCCUUUAUUAGACCUCCCACAUCAUAGACCAAAACCCUUGUAUGUACCAGUGACAAGGAACAACGAGAGCACCUUCUGCACCAGGGACCAGUACCUGGCACCCCGUGUGGCCUUCAUCACUUGGCUAGUCACCUUCUUCCUGAAGAAGAAGUAUGUCAGCAGUGCUUUGGCAGCUCAAAGCACCAAGAAUGGCACUGAAGUCCUUCCCAAACUCAUCCAGACUGUCACUGCAGGCAGUAUCAGCCAGGAGAAGGAAAAGGAGAAGAUUUUAGACGGCGAUACAAAUGGACCUGCAGGGGAGCCGGAGAAGAGCCACUCCAAUAGCAGCACACUGUCAGACCGACGGGCCAGUGAUUCCAGUUUAUGUAGCAUCGAGGAGGAGCACCGCUACGUCUAUGACAUGGUGCAUGCCAUCCUACUAUCUACCAGAGACAAUGUGAAUUUUGUUAACGAGGUCUUCCACCAGGCUUUUUUGUUACCAUCCUGUGAGGCAUCAGCAACCAGGAAGGUGAUCAAAGUGUACCGAACAUGGAUACUGCAGGAGAAGCCCAGCUUUAUGACAGAGCCUGACAAAAUUAUACAGGAGGAUGAAGUGGAUGACAGCACGGAACAGAUCAUUAAUGCAGAGAAUAACAACAUGCAAGCACAGAAAUUGGAGAGUCACGGCCACAAGCGGUCGUCAAGCUGGGGGAGGACUUACUCUUUCAGCAGUGCCAUUAGUCGAGGCUUACUCACUGAGCAGCAAAACAGGGACAUCAAAGCAGGCAUACAGCCCACACUACAGGUGUUCCUGACCAACUCUUCAAAUGUGUUCCUCCUGGAGCCAUGCCAGGAUGUACCCAAGCUUUUGGAAAAUCAAGUUGAGGUCUGCAAGUGUGUGCUCAGCAUCUACCGGCACAUGAUCAUGGAGCACACAAUGAACUCACAGACAUGGGAGCAGAUGUUGCAGGUACUACUGAGAAUCACUGAAGCUGUGAUGAAGAGGCCUUCAGAAAACCAAAGAAAAGACAUCUUUGCUGAAAGUUUGGCAUCUAUACUUUUUCGGACCAUCAUUGUGGCAUGGGUGCGAGCCAACCUCUGCGUAUACAUCUCACGGGAGCUGUGGGAUGAGCUGCUAACAGUGUUGUCAUCCCUGACUCACUGGGAGGAGCUGGUGACAGAGUGGGCCAGCAUCAUGGACUCCCUGACAGCCGUGCUGGCCCGCUCUGUUUAUGGCCUGGACAUGGCUAAUCUACCACUGGACAAACUCAGUGAACAGAAGGAGAAGAAGCAGAGAGCACGUGGAGUGACACCGGACUCUCAGAAGGCAGCAGCAGUGGCACGUUCCUUCUCAUUAAGUUGGAGAAACCAAGGGGACGUGAGCGGGCCAGGAGUUCAGGAACCAAUGAGGAUUCGCUCUGCGACCACAUCUGGUGCUCCUGGUGUGGAGAAAGCUCGCAACAUUGUCCGACAGAAGGCUUCUGCUAAGCGAAGCCAGUCCAUCAGCAACUGUGUUCACCUAUGCGAGGCAAUUCCCACUACUAAAAGCGUUCCUAUGCUGCUCCACACUGUGAGCUCUUUCUUGCCUGGUGUCUCUUCUGGUAACUCUGCUUGCUCUCACAGACUCUCAGAUGUAGAGGAGUGUCAGCUUUCAGAAUGCGGGGAGGAGCUAGGAGGAGGAGAUAGCCCACUCCCACGCAGCAGCAGCACCUCAGACAUAACCCAGCAACUCUCUGACACAUUGCAAGCCCAAAAGAGAGAGCACUCCCCUACAUCCUGUGGUUCUGAUAGCAGAACCUCUGAAGACAGAAGAGACAACAGUGAGCCCCCAAUGAUCCUGAUCCGGCGAAGCAGCAGUCCAGCUGAGACAGAAGAUAAUUCUGAUGGUUACCAGCAGUACACAAGGGCAAAGCUCCGAGAGAAAAGCGAGAGUAUAAGUAGCGAAACAUCCAACGGCUACCUCAACGAAGCAGAGGUUACCUGGCAGGCCUUUGAGGAGGAGGCUGAUAGUCAGUCCACCCAAUCAACCCAUAUGGAUGUGAUUGCUGACCCGCAGAGCCAGGGGAGUCUGCUGCUUAGCCACCAUGAAGCUCUAGCAGGUCCUGAGUGUGCGCUCCCUCCCUACUCUACACCCCCACCCGAACACCUCAACCACUACCACUAUCCUCAGAACCCCCCCGCUUCCCCAGCCCUCGUGGUGCACACUGAGUGCCCGCAGGAUUGCCCCCUGGACGACAACAUGCAUCAGUCUGUCUUACAUAUGCCACACCACUUGGACAGUAGUGAAUGCCUGGCUGAUGAUGUCAGCAUAAUUGCUGGAGGGACCCUGACAGGAUGGCAUGCUGAUUCAGCCUUCGUCCUGUGGAGGAGGAUUUUAGGUAUCCUUGGAGAUGUCAACAACAUCCGAUGUCCCAAAAUCCAUGCCAGGAUCUUUUCCUAUUUGUAUGAGCUCUGGCAAAAACUCGCCAAGAUCCGGGACAACCUUGGAAUCAGUGUGGACAACCAGUCUUCUCCUCCCCAGCCUGCUUUCAUCCCUCCCCUCCGUAUGCUCGCCUCAUGGCUCUUCAGGGCCACCAUGCUCCCAGCAGAAUACAAAGCAGGCAAACUGCAGGCCUACAAGUUGAUCUGUGAAAUGAUGACCAGGCACCAGGAUGUCCUCCCCAACAGCGACUUUCUGGUGCACCUCUAUCAUAUCUUGCACAAGGGCUUCACUAGUGAUGAUCAGGAUGUAUUAAACACCAUCAUCCGUUCCUGCUCUCCACGAUUCUUCUUCCUCGGUCUGCCGGGCUUCACUAUGCUGGUUGGAGAUUUCAUCACUGCUUCUGCCCGUGUCCUCAGCUGUGACUCUUCAGAGGCUCCCAGGAUGGAGGCUCAAACAAUUCUCGGCUCUUUAGUAUGUUUCCCCAACCUUUAUGUCCACAUUCCAGUCCUGCGGAGUGUCGCUGGCUCUGAUGACAUUGUUAUAGGAAAUGAGGAUAUCAAGGAUUAUCUUGUCAACAUCCUUCUUGAGGCUGCAACAAAGGAACACUGUGAAGGGGCUAGGUGUAUUGCUGUGUGCAGUCUGGGCUUGUGGGUGUGUGAGGAACUGAUGCAAGAAAAAAUCCAUGACCAGGUGAAAGAUGCCAUCAAUGUCCUGGGAGUAACACUGAAGUUCGGAAACAAAGCAGUGGCUCAGGUCGCCUCUGACGUGUUUCAGUUGCUCAUCUCUCACUGGCAGCCUCUUCAGAAUUUGGAUCCCACUCUGCCUAAGAAAAUAAUUGAAAUAUUUGUGGCCACAAUAGCCUUUUUGUUGCCAAGCGCAGAGCACUCAACAGUGGAAGCGGACAAAAAGUUGAUGGUGUCCCUGCUGCUUUGUCUAUUGGACUGGUGCAUGGCUGUUCCCUUGAAUCUGCUGUUGGAACCUAUUACCAUGUCUGUGCUGGAGGACAACACAUCCCACAGAGCCCCACUACUGGACUACAUAUACAGGAUGCUGCACUGCUGUGUGUCAGGCUCAACGCUCCACACGCAGCAAAGCCACUACCUCCUCAGCCUGGCAGACUUGUCCACUGACUACGACCUCAUGUUGGGACAGGUUAAGAGCUUUGAGCCGCCACCUUCCCAGCCAACCACCACAGACUUUGGCAGCUUGCUCACCGUAGCAGAGGAAAAGCGUCGCCGAAGCAUGGAGCUGAUUCCCUUGACGGCACGAAUGGUCAUGACACACCUGGUGAAUCACUUGGGCCAUCAUCCGCUGAGUGGAGGCCCUGCCCUCCUUCAUAGUCUAGUGAGCGAAAAUCACGACAAUCCAUACGUGGAGUCCUCAGAGCUGUCCUCAGAGGUUUUCAAAAGCCCCAAUCUGCAGCUCUUUGUUUUCAAUGACACCACAUUGGUGUCCUACCUCCAGAUCCCUGCUGAGACCCCCCCUGUCGGACACCCACCUCACCUGUCAUCCCAGGUGCGCGUCAUUGUCCGUGACAUUUCAGGCAAAUACUCAUGGGAUGGGUCAAUUCUGUUCUCUACAACUCAGGAAGACUCUGAGCAUAUUGGAGUUUUUAAUUCAGUAGAUGAAAAACCUUUGACAACCACUACUGCCCCACAUAACAGUUGUAGUUCUCCAUCAAGAGGACCGUCCAAGUAUCAUUCCACUGUCACAGAUGCCCCCUCUGACUCCUGCGAUGUGGAGGAAGUUGAUGUUCUCGAUAAACUUUUGGAGGAACUUGGCCAGACCAGCCCAGAAUGUCUGCCCCAGUCUCAGCUCAAGCUAAAUCAGCCAGCCCCGUCACCGUCGGGCAUGAACUUGGAACAAGAGAGCGCCAUCCUUAGUGCCAUUCUUCGCCAGACUCAGCAAGAGGAAGAGCAGGUGAGGAGGUGGGACGCUGAUGUCAGCUUUCGCGCUGCCUGCCAGAGAGAACCUUUGCACCAGGAGCCCAAAGCACCUUUUUAUUUUUGUCGGCUGCUGCUCAAUGACCUUGGCAUGAACUCUUGGGAACGAAGGAAAAGUUUCCAUUUGCUGAAGAAGAACUCCAAACUGUUGAGGGAACUUAAGAACUUGGAUUCCAGACAGUGUCGAGAGACGCACAAGAUCGCUGUUUUCUACAUUGGCGAGGGCCAAGAAGACAAGUGCUCCAUCCUGUCCAACAGUGCCGGCAGCAAGGCUUAUGAAGACUUUGUAUCCGGGCUCGGCUGGGAGGUGAACCUAGCCACACACUGUGGCUUCAUGGGCGGCCUCCAGCGAAAUGGCAGCACAGGUCUAACUGCUCCGUACUAUGCUACCUCCACCGUGGAAGCCAUCUUCCACGUCUCUACGCGUAUGCCAUCGGAUUCUGAUGACUGCCUCACCAAAAAGCUGCGUCACCUUGGAAAUGACGAAGUGCACAUUGUGUGGUCAGAGCACACCAGGGACUACCGGCGUGGCAUCAUCCCAACAGACUUUGGAGACGUGCUGAUUGUCAUCUACCCGAUGAAGAACCACAUGUAUUUCAUCCAGAUCAUGAAGAAACCACAGGUUCCCUUCUUUGGGCCUCUAUUUAAUGGUGCCAUCAUCAAUGGGAAGCUACUGCCAAGUUUAGUGCGGGACACUUGUAUCAAUGCCAGCAGAGCUGUCAAGUCCCGACUGACACUCUACCAGAGUUUCUAUGAAGAAAGGGCGCUCUACUUGGAAGCCAUUGUCCAGAAUCACAGAGAGGUCAUGACAUUUGAAGAUUUUGCCUCACAGGUGUUCUCUCCCUCGCCUGGCUAUCCAACGAGUGGGACAGCGUGCAGGCGUUGGCCGGGGAUGGUUUGGGACAUGGAAUACCCCUGGGCCAAAAUGGACUAUUAAAAUAUCUUAACGGUCCAAAAUACUGUAUAUGAUGAAGGUAAGCACCUGGGUCAGAACAGGUCCAGUGGCCCAACUACCCUACAUCCGCCAUGCAUCCUGGCUGUUACACCCUCCCGCUCCCUUUUUUUUUCCAUUCACUACUAACCAAUCUUUAUUUACUGAUCACACUGACAAGGGGACGGGGGUACAGCGAAACCAGGCUGUUUAUUCAGUGGGUGUCCUCCUGUCGAGGCCAGGCUGGUAAUUGAGAGCGGUGGCGACAAUUAGCACCUGACUAAGUAGCAGCAUGUACAAUACGGCUACACUUCUGGCCCUUGCUUCUGCAUGCGGAGCACCUUUUAUCUCUUUCCCUAACAAACACUUUCCUCUUUUCUUUUCAACUCGCCUACCCUCCCCCCCUGCUUUUUCCUCCUGUUGGAGUGUGUGCCUGUUUGCCUGAGGCAGAUUCUGAGACCAACACCUGCCGCACUGGAAGACAUUUUUGUCAUGUGAAGCCUUGUUUGAACUGCCACGGAGGGUACCAGUGGGACAGCGGGGACACUUCAAGACUCUUUUGUUUUGGCUGCAUCCCCUCUGUGCCAUCUCUUCGCUGUUUCCACCUGAAACAAACAGUCAGGGCAGGGGCAGAACUCGAGGUGGAAAUGCUGCAUCUAAAUGACGAUAAUAGUGACUCAUUGGAAAAUUUUUCACCGUGAAAAUUCAUGCUUGCAGAAGAUUACACAAGCAACCACAGUCAUUAAGCAGCACAUUGUGAGUGCUGACUGGUUGAAGCAGCAUGUUUUAAUGGGCCGCUAAAUGGAUAGGGAAGCCUGAGUGGGUGAACUGCACCGCAAUCACGAACAAAUGAGGCUUCUUCCUGUCUAUCAUUUGCCUUGGUGGCAGAUUCAAUUUUACCAUGUAAUGAGUGUUUACUGUUGGAAUUAGUAGAAGAAGAAUACAGGAAUGCAGGAUAUGAGCUGUACAUAAGACCAUCUCCCAAUUUUAGCCCAACCCGUCCCUGUUUUUCAUAUUCAUAUGCAGAUUUGGGAAUGUUUAGACCCCCCCCUUUUCUUUUACACACUCCUCCCCUUUUGGUCGUUUACAAUGCCCACACCCAGGGUUUCAUCCAAAGCCCGGCCCCUGGAUGCUACCGGUGUCCACUGUGCUGCUGAGUGUCUGUUACUCCAGCCAUCUGCCGUUCCUUUUUAACCGCUGCAACUCGAGAUGCCUUGCGAAAAAUGGCAGCAAAUAAAAGGAUAGGGAAAGAAAAUAGGCGACCAGAUGCUAUCCCGACAAAGCCGAGAAGUUGUUUAAACUGACAUCAUGGGGCAGAGGCGGGCAAGGGUGGGGGCCGCAGACCAACUAAGGAAGUCAUGGCGGCGCUCACAACAUUUGAUUGUCCUCGCCCACAUUUCAUGCCCACCUCCCUGCCUAUUCCAUAAUUGUAAAUGUGCAGCCUUUUGGAAACAAAACAAUAUUUGACAAAAGAAGAGCACCCAAGGUUCACAACAAGAGCUUAAUAUAUCAUUUUAUUUCCAUUCAAAGCAUUACAAGCUUUUUUUUUUUCUUUAUCUGGUGCAACAAAGGUUUAUUCCCUUUCUUCUUUAACAAGCAUUGCCUUUAAUCAGCAUAUGAAAACAGCAUGACAUUUUGACAAUGUUUUACAGUGGAACCUCUAAAGUCCAAUGUCUCCUGAGGUGCUACAAUUUAACCAAUUUAAUUUCAUUUAACCGAAUACAUUUCACAAAAAAAUCACAAAGCAUCAAAUGUUUAAAGGGACUGCAACUAACUCUCUCCAGAUUACAUUUGGUUGAAAAUUUGAAAAAAAAUUAUAUAUUUUUCACAAUUGAAGGUUAAACUGCAUGAAAAUGGGGGUCAAACAAACAUAGUCAUAGACAAUAAAACCGUAGAGAAAAUCCGGCAUUUCAUGCAUCCAAAUACGGAUAGUCUAACAUAGUCCAUCAUGAUGGGAAAAAAUUCUUGAAACAACCAAAAAAAAACAAAGUUUGAAUAUUGCGUCACAACAAACAACAAUAAACCCGGUUUACAUGAUGGCAGAAAAAAAGCUAGCAAUGAAGCAAGUGAACAUUGAUCUUAGACAUGGAGGCCAAACAUUUCCUUGCCAUCUGCAAAAUGUAAAACCUAUGGAAAAUAGUGCUGGGCAAUAAGGAACUGAAAAAUCAGACUAAACAUCGAGCAAAACCGCAGAUGCCGACAGCAUAGAUUUACUUAUAUUUGGCUUGACAACACAGAAACCAACUCCCGCAAACAAUCGUCUCACACAUGCAUCAACAUCUUACCCAUGCAUGAGUAAGUCCAACAUUGUUUUUCAUAGCCUUAAAACAAGAUAUAAUGAAAUGAUGUGCCUCCAUUGAGUUCGGCUAAACCGGACCCGCAGAUGUUGCAACCGGAUGUAGCGAUCCUGGUCGGGAGUUGCCACUCUUUCUCGCCCUGGGCGCGGUCUGUCGUCAGCUAAGCCUGUCGUGUUAUGGAGUUCAUGCUGGUUUCUGAUUGUGGGUUGGUAAAAGCCCAUACGCCUGGCUAUAUCACUGUUGCUCAUAUCAUAAAUGUGGCAGGAUGCCGUUCACUGGACUAACAAUGCUGGCCUUUAAAAAAAAAAAAAAAAAAAAAAAUCUUGAAAUUAUGCAGACACCCACAAUGUGUAUUUGGUCCCCUUUGGGGUAUGCACCCACUACAUCACCUUUGGCUAGUACAUUUGGAUUUGGCCUUAACAUUAAUAUCAUCUAAAGUCCAACGUCCGCGCAGCUGGUGUAGCUGACCAGUGGUCAAGUUGAAAUUAUUUCAACCCAUCACGUGGUUGCAACCCAUCAGUACACGCACAAGUCCAUAGCGCAUGUGCAUACAUAAAAGCAAUUGUUGUGUGCUUAUGAAAGGCGAUGUAUUCAGUGAGCUAAUAUUAGUAACUAAACUUAGCCACAUCACUAUUAUUAGGCAAGAACAAACAACUAGUGCAUGUGUUUAUGUACACAAAGCAGGAAGAGUAGGGAUAUAAUGCCCUGCACGAUCCGCUGCUUCCUUUUCGGCCCUUUGUAUUGAAGUACUCAAAAAUCAGCACGUCACGCGUGCGCCAUCCAUGCAUUCUUUUGCACAUAGACCGGCUGUAGGAACCCGUACGAUCGUUUGUGACCUAGCCUUAAGAGUCCAAUUCUGUGAGCAUCAAAGGAUUAAUCCCUUGCACGUUUUUCAUUCCAAGAGGACCAGUCUCAGGAUUAAGAGAGGGGAUGAAGACUAAAAAAGUGAAAGUAACAUGAAAUUAUCGUGUUUUAUUAAUUUCAGAUUCCACUUAAAUGAUUUAAACCAGUGGUUCACAUUGCUUCUCACUAUUUGAGUAGCAUUGGUCUACACAGUGAAUAUUGGUUUUAUAAUGAUGAGGGUUUAAUCCAGUCACAGAUUAUUUUUUAUUUACGUUAUUAUUGUAACAUGAAAACAAACAAGGUUUCCAGUGUCCUGGAAGAGACUGUCUGACCUCAGAGGUUCCACUAUAUUUGCUUCAUCCUAAUGACAGGAAACAAAGGUUUUAGCAGUGAAUGGUGGCUCAAGUGGGACAUCUUGGUUUGGGGGAGCAGCUGCAUGCAUGAAAAAAGUCCUCAGAGAUCAGUUGACCAAUCACACGCCCGGUGCCCUGUUUGACCCCACUCUUUCUCCAAUCAUCAACUUACUUUUAAUUGUCUCUCUACUUUACAAACAUGUCAUCUGCAGGUUCCCUCUCCAGCAGCACAAACACUGAAGUCUCCGCCUCCUCCUCGUCCACCACUGCUGCAGCGUUGACAGACCCUGUUGACCAGGUUUCUCCCACCAUGCCUCGUGCUGCAAAGAACAGAGUUUCUGGAAAGCUCCGGCGAUCAGCGAG